CUCUAUUAUUUCCACGUUAACUCCAACCGAAGCUUUCCCUUCUUCCUCACGUACUACACGAGCCAGAGUUCGGGCAUGGAGCGCUGCUACUGGACGAGCGGCGCCAUUCCAGACGCCAUGGCGUCUUCUCGCCGCACCGUUCCUUUCCAAUUCGCCGGAGCCGACGCUCGUCGCCGUCUACUCCUUCCCGCGCAGGCGUUCCGGGGAACGGGUAGGAGGCCGCGGUUCGUGAGAUUCCAGGCGCCGCCUCGGUGCCACAAGAUGUAUGUUCCCGGUUUUGGAGAGGGCUCACCGGAGAAAAAGGCGGCGAUUAGCCUGCAGAACUUCUUCAAUUACGUGGCUGUCAGGAUUGUGCUGGCACAACUUGAGAGCUACAACCGAGAAGCAUAUGUUGAGCUCAAGGAAUUCGUGAGUCGCAACUCUGUGAAUGAUGCUGACAAUUUCUGCAAAAACUUGAUUCGUGAAUCGCCAAGGCACAAGGCAUUAGCUAUGAGGAUUUUGGAGGUUCGAUCUGCUUAUAUGAAGAAUGAUUUCGAGUGGGACAACCUGAAAAAGUUAUCCUUCAAGAUGGUUGAUGAAGCCAACACAAAGCUCAUGAGGGAUUAUGUCCUGGAGACCAGCCACAUAGAAGACGACGAUAAGCGAUGAUAUCCCAUGUCUCCUGAGCACAUCUGCCCGAUCGACAGCUAUGCACACAUGCACAUAAUCUGAUUGUGUUUCUGCAUUACUAGUGAAUAUGUGAGCAUUAAGUUGUUUACUGACCUCCUACGACCAGUUUCCAAACAUGUUUGAUAUACUUGUUGCCAGGGUAGGUUAAACACCAUAUGUAUCAUUUUCCAUAAUAAAAGCACAAACGGGGAAGACAAAAGGAAGUGUUGAAUCA